AUGUUUUGCGCCCCUUUGCUAGCCCGGCCUGGCGGGAGCUGCCUGAGCGCCACCGCUUCUCCUUUGCAGCGGCUGGACGGGCGUCGGUGGUUGACUUCGGUGGCCAUCAGGGCUCCGCCUGCCGCCCCAAGGAAGCGCCAGCCGCUGGGUGAAGAAUCCCGCAGGAGAAGGUGCACUGGGGGUACCCCGGAGGUCGGGACGAAGUGGAUCAAGCCCACCGGCCAAGACACCGGGAUCCAGAUCUAUAACAGCUUGAGCAGAAGCAAAGAGCCCCUUAUCCUGGGAAAGGCCAACGUGGUGACUUGGUACAGCUGUGGGCCUACUGUAUAUGAUCAUGCACACCUUGGACAUGCUUGUUCCUAUGUAAGAUUUGACAUAAUUCGAAGAGUAAUGACAAAAAUAUUUGGAAAGGAAGUAGUGAUGGUGAUGGGGAUUACAGAUGUAGAUGAUAAAAUAAUUAAAAGAGCAAAUGAGAUGGAAAUCUCCCCAGAAACCCUUGCUCGUUGUUACGAGGAGGACUUUAAACAAGAUAUGGCUGCCUUAAAGGUCCUUCCUCCCACAAUUUACAUGAGAGUAACUGAAAAUGUUCCUCAGAUCAUUUCUUUUAUACAGCAACUUAUUAGUAAUGGAUAUGGUUAUGCAACUUCACAAGGUAAUGUUUAUUUUGAUGUCCGUUCUAGGGGAGACAGAUACGGAAAGCUAACAAAUAUUUAUCCUGAGACCCAAGAGGAAUUUGAGUUUAUUGAUAAGCGUCACAAGAAGGAUUUUGCUCUCUGGAAGGCAGCCAGACCUCAUGAGAUAUGCUGGGAUUCCCCCUGGGGGAAAGGAAGACCUGGCUGGCACAUUGAAUGCUCCACAAUAUCAAGUCUAGUGUUUGGGGGACAUUUGGAUAUCCAUACUGGUGGUAUAGAUCUGGCAUUUCCUCAUCAUGAAAAUGAAAUUGCUCAAUGUGAAGCUUAUCAUCAGUGUGAACAAUGGGGAAAUUAUUUUCUACAUUCUGGACAUCUGCAUAUUAGAGGAAGCAAAAAAAUGUCCAAAUCAUUAAAAAACUACAUUACAAUUAAGGAUUUUCUAAAAGAAUUUUCAUCCGAUCAAUUCAGAAUGUUUUGUUUGCGGACCAAAUACAGCUCAGGAGUGGAAUAUAGUAAUGAUACCAUGAAUGAUGCAAAGAACAUUCUUCACACAAUACAUUCUUUUAUAAGUAGUGCCAAUGCCUACAUGAAAGGACAGUUUGACUGUGAUGCCAUUAGGGAAGAUGAACUGUGGGAGAAACUAGCUCUUACUAAGACAACAGUAGAGGCAGCAUGUGCAGAUGACUUCGACACUCCCAGGGCUAUUCGUGCAAUUUUGGACCUCAUUCACUAUGGCAACAGACAGCUUAAAACCAUCACUAAGGAAACAAGAUCCCCUAGAAGUGCUAUUGUCUUUGGGGCCAUAGUCUCCUACAUGAUGGAAUUUUUUAACGCAGUUGGAAUCACCUUUGCUGAAAGUCAGGUUCUCCCUGAACACAAGCAUUCAGCUUUGCUCUCCAGUGUGAUAGAUGAACUAGUGAGCUUCCGGAUCAAAGUGCGCAGUUUUGCUCUUGCUACCCCUGAGGCUGAAGAAAGUCCAUCUCCCCAAAAUGCUGAUCUCUUGGAGGAAGUAAAACUGCAACAGAAAGAGGAAAGGCGGCAACAGUUGCAGGAGAGAAUGCCCCUUCUGCUAGCAUGUGACCGCCUUCGUCAAGACUUGGCCUUAUAUGGCAUCAACAUAAAGGAUAGAAAUUCUACUUCUACAUGGGAACUUGAAAAAAUCAAUAAUGAACUGGAAAAGCACUGAUAAAAAGACAGGUGUACAUUUGGAGUGAUCUUUUGUUAAUAAGAAAAGCCAGACCACAGAAUAUUGCCCCUUGGAUUGCUGGACUUUUAUUCUAAACCAACUUAAAUAAAAUACUGUCAAAAAAAUCUAGUUUGGUGAUUUGAGGAAUACAUGAGUUGAUUUACUGAUUGACAUCUGUCACUGCCUAUGUGAGAGUUACUUCAAAUGAGUCUUCUAAAAUAAUAGAAAUUAUCUAGUGAAAUCUUUGUCAGCUCUAAUGAUUCAAGCUUAUUCCCAUCUGUUAUGAUCAUAUGGUUGAAAUGAACCUCUCUACAUAUUCACACUUUUGAAUGAUUUAGACUGAAGUGUAACAUAAUUAAAGUAUGGUUCAGUUUAACAUCACCAAAAGUACCAAAUUAAGUGAAUUUUUGAGAACAGGGAUGAAUUAAAGAUUUUAUAUUUUAACAUCAAAAGUCUACUUUGUCAGGAUUAGCAGAA